CAUCUGAAACCCAUUCUCGCGUCGCUCCCUUGGCCUGAAGCUACUAUGUACAUGGCGGCGGCGGCGGCGGUGGUUCCUCCGUCGGGGGAGGCGGCGGCGUUCAAGCUAGGGUUUAUCGGGGCGGGGAAUCUGGCGGAGAGCAUCGCCAGGGGCGUCGCCAAGUCCUCCGUGCUGCCCCCCUCCAGCAUCCGCACCGCCCACCGCCGCCCCGACCGCCGCGCCGUCUUCCAAUCCUUCGGCGUCCGCAUCUUCGACUCCAACGCCCAGGUAGUCGACGACAGCGAUGUCGUUAUUAUCUCCGUGAAACCCCAAGCCGUUAAACAUGUUCUUCUGGAACUAAGGCCCUUCUUUACAGAAGAGAAACUUCUAGUUUCAAUUGCUGCAGGAAUCAAAAUGAAAGAUUUGCAGGAAUGGUCUGGUCAGCGUCGGUUAAUUAGGGUAAUGCCAAAUACUCCUUCAGCAGUAGGUCAAGCAGCAUCAGUCAUGUGCAUGGGCGAAAUGGCAACAAAGAAAGAUGAAGAACGUGUAGCUAGUUUGUUCAGUGCAAUUGGAAGGGUAUGGAAAGCUGAUGAAAAAUAUUUUGACGCUAUAACUGGCUUGAGCGGUAGUGGCCCUGCUUACGUAUAUCUGGCAAUAGAGGCGCUGGCUGAUGGUGGGGUGGCUGCUGGUCUUCCUCGAGAUCUUGCUCUUGGUCUAGCUACUCAGACAGUUCUUGGAGCUGCAGCCAUGGUAGGCGGAACCGGAAAGCAUCCUGGUCAACUGAAAGAUGAGGUCACAUCUCCAGCUGGAACUACGAUAGCUGGGAUUCAGGAACUGGAGAGGGGUGCAUUCCGCGGUACAUUGAUAAACGCCGUUGUUGCUGCCACAAAACGGUGUCGAGAACUUUCUCAAACAUAGCUCUACUAUAUCCUUAUUGGCCUCUCUAAGUAGCAACAAUUCAUACAACUGGGAUUCGGAGUUAUUUUAUGUUCUGUUAAGUUUGGGAUAUCAGUUAACUUCAAAGGUAGCUCUAACUUUUUGUUGCCGGAAGUGCCGCAAAGGCAAUGGUUAAGCAGUGGUAUAAGAGCAAACCCUGCAGUUCUGGUGUUACAUGCGCUGAUCAAGCUCUAUUCAAGCUUGCAGCAUUUACCAAUGUUUAUUUAUUCUUUGACUGCUUGGUCUC